GAGUCGUAAACUGAUCUCCCAAAGUGACUCGACAGGUGAAAGGUCAUACUCUAAAUGUCAAAGGUUUGACACUACGGAGCUCGGGACGGGAGUGCUUGUUUGUUUCGUUGUUUGUUUGAUUCUUCAACAUGUGAUCAAGUUUCACAAAAUUAGCCAAUCGUUUCGCCAUUUACCAUAAACAUGACACAGCGAUUUUGCCUGUGUGAUCGAGAGCAGGAGCAACGGACAGGUCCUCCGACAAUCGAAGUGUUAUACAUUAUUUGCCAAUUCACGUUUUUGCUGUUUGAAGAUUGAAGAAAGAAGAAGGAUGUCACUUUUAGCAGUUCUUUUGACAAGCUGGGAAUUCUAUGCAGCCCUUUGUGUGAUUUUUGCUGUUUCAAAGGUCAUAAAAUGGCUGACUGAUCCUCUCAGAAAAAUACCAGGCCCAACAGGAUAUCCAAUCAUUGGGAAUACAUUGAGUUAUUCUAAUGUUGGCGACAGACAUCGUAUUUUGCUUGAGAUGGGCAGAAAGUAUGGGAAGAUCUGCAAAGACUACUCUGUUUUCACUGGCACCACAGUCUUCAUCAAUGAUCCAGAAUUUGCAAAACAGAUAUUGGUGACAAACAGUAGCAGAUACCGACGGGAUGAUGUAAUUCUCAAAAUUCUACCUGCACUUGGCACCGGCCUUUUAACAACUUCUGGAAAGGCGCAUGCAACUCAGAGGAAAACACUUAACCCAGCGUUCUCUUUGUCAAGCGUGAGAAAAUUUAUCUCGAUAUUUAAUGAAAAGGGCAGUGAAUUGUUGCAGUUUUAUGAAAAGGAAAUCGAGCAAAACAAAGGAGAACCGAUUGAAAUGGAAAUGAUGAAGAAAUUUACUGACAUGACAUUAGACGUGAUUGGCCUCUCUGCAUUUGGGUAUAAUUUCAACUGUGUGCUCAGGGGUGACAGCAAGGAAAGUGAAGCAUCGAGCCACAUCCUAGGUGGCAGCUUCAACAUUUUGCGUAAAUCAUUUGAGGAGCUUUUUCCGCCUCUCAAGAUCGUGCCCUCCAAAGAGCGAGAUAUGCUGAGAGAUGCCGAGGAAAUAUCCUAUGGUUUAAUUGAGAAGGUUAUUAAAUCACGGAGGGAGGAGAUGGCAACUCACCCAGGAGAAACACUUGACAAGAAUGACCUCCUACAGAUUCUGAUCACAAUGUAUGAAGAUGCAGGAACAACAAUAUCCAACAAGGAUCUGUUUCAUCAGUUGUUUACUUUCAUGCUUGCUGGGCACGAGACAACAAGCUUGACAUUUACAUGGACUAUCUUUCUCCUUGCCAAACACCAGGAAUUUCAGGAAAGGGUGAAAAAAGAAGUAAGGGAAAUCCUCAAUGACGCCACUGAUGUAACGUUUGAUGAUAUUGACAAAAUGAAAACUCUUGAUGAAUGUAUCAAGGAGACGAUGAGGCUUUAUCCUGUUGUUAUCUCCUAUGGACGCAUGUCUGUGAAGGAAGAUAAACUAGGACCAUAUACUUUUCCCCCUGGCACCAAUUUUCUGAUUAAUGUCAGUGCUCUGCAUCAAAAUCCAAAAUAUUGGGAAAAUCCAGAAGAGUUCAACCCGGACAGAUUUUCUAAACAAGCUGAAAAUGACCCUCUGUUCCCGUAUUACUACUUACCGUUCUCACGUGGUCCUCGGAUGUGCAUUGGAUAUCGCUUCGCCUUGUUGGAACUGAAGAUUGUAUUGGCCCUUCUACUGAACAAGUUUUCAUUCAAGCUUGGAAAGUCCCAACCGGCAGAAAUCGGAGGACAGCAACUUUUGACAUACAGGCCAUGCCCACCUCCUGUAAUCAACAUCAGCAAGUCAUAGUGAUGAGUUUUAUCACUGCAAUAAAUUUGAGUUUAGCACUGCACAGUUACGACAUAUCACUGCACCAAUUAUUUAACACUGCACGCGAUAAUAAGCCCUGUGAUGUAAGAUCAUGUUCUUAUUUUUAACUUAAAGAGAAAAAGUUACCUUGCUUUUCCUUUUGUUUGUAAAUGCAUGAUGACACACACUUAAAACGAUC